UUGCUGGCAAUGCAGAUAAUUUCCUGUGUUUACGGUAAAUGUCGGUAAUCAGUGAAGUGUUAAAAAUGUUUAGGUGAUCUUCAAUAAGACUUACGGGGACUACAAAGAAGAUUUUUCAAUUAUUUAACCAUCGCAGAAAAUCGCCAUGGACAACGAACAACCCCACCAGGAGCUGGUGAAGUGCGUGGUGGUGGGGGACACGGCGGUCGGCAAGACGCGGCUGAUAUGCGCGCGCGCGUGCAACAAGCACGUGUCGCUCUCACAGCUCAUGACCACACACGUGCCCACCGUGUGGGCCAUCGACCAGUACCGGAUCUAUAAGGACGUACUCGAAAGAUCUUGGGAAAUUGUGGACGGUGUGAAUGUAUCGCUGCGCCUUUGGGACACCUUUGGAGACCACGAGAAAGACAGACGGUUCGCAUAUGGAAGGUCCGACGUGGUGCUUUUAUGUUUUUCUAUCACCAAUCCGAUAUCACUAAGGAACUGCGGGGCAAUGUGGUAUCCAGAAAUAAGGCGCUUCUGUCCAAACACACCGAUACUGCUCGUGGGAUGCAAGAACGAUCUCCGCUACAUGUACCGCGAUGAAACCUACUUGAACUUCUGCAAAGACCGCAGCCCUUUUAUUAGGGCGCCAAGGAAAAGCGAUCUAGUAAUGCCCGACCAAGGACGCGCGUUGGCUCACGAGUUCGGCAUAUACUACUACGAGACAUCAGUCUUCACUUACUAUGGAGUGAACGAAGUGUUCGAGAAUGCUAUUCGAGCAGCGCUAAUCGCGAGAAGACAGCAGCGUUUCUGGAUGACCAAUCUGAAGAGAGUCCAGCGACCUUUGCUGCAGGCACCAUUCCGACCACCUAGACCGAUGGAACCUGAAGUGGCAGUGGUGAACAGUGUCUACUUAGAAAACAUGACAACGCUGCUACGUCAACAAUAUUUUUCGGAUAUGGUGAUCAUAUGCGGAGCCAAGGGCUUCCCAGUGCACCGUUUCAUGAUGGCGGCAGCCUGUGAGGCUUUUCACCGACUGUUGACUACAGACUGCGUUAGUCUGUCUGCUGAACUGGCCAGGAGUUCGAGUGAGAGCAGCAUGGUCAGCAGUAUGGGAGAAGCAACGACGGGUGACUUCAACGAAGAUACUGAGUACCUUAUCAGACAGGAUCAAGCAAAGCAAAUGAGAGUGUGGGACCAGAUCAAGCGCCGCUCGUCGUGUCAGAUCCUGCCGCUAAGCGACAGCUGUAAGAAGCCGCCGGACCUUUACAGGGAGGUCAACCACCCUGCUAUCAUCUCUAUUAGAGUUGUCAAGUGUGAAAAAAUCCAGCACGCCACAUCCCAAACGCAGACAAUAGUGACUAUGAGCAAGCUCAUCUCCCAAGCUGUGAUGCAGGAAAUCAUCAAUUUCGUCUACACCGGCCAGCUGGACAGCGCGGCCUUUAAACAACAGGAGAUCCGGCAAGCCGCGGAACUGCUCGGCUUCCACGAGCUAACGAAGCUCAGCCAGUUCAUCCUGGACCAGCAUCUGCUCUUCGAUAAGGGGUUCAUGCUGCAGUUUCAUACUCCCCUCCCCCAAAGACUUCGUGACAUGUACGUGGAAAGGAACCUGUUUGCUGACGUGACUUUCGACCUGGAUGACGGGAUACACCUGGCCCACCGCGCCAUACUGAUGGCCCGCUGCGAUCCUAUGAAGGCCAUGUUCCAAGGACACUUCAGGGAAAGCACUUCUAGAGUGAUUUCCUUCCCCGGGGUGAAAAUGUACGCCUUCCACAUACUCCUAUGCUACAUCUACUCUGACAAGAUACCCAAGGUGGAGCCUACAAGGUGUCUGGAAUUACUAGAGCUGGCAAACAGGCUCUGUAUGAACAGACUCGUCAACUUAGUGGAGGCCAGGGUCAUUGACACAUUGCAGCAUCAGGACAGGGUGUGUGGCGAUGAUGACCAAGUGGUAGAAAUCGCGCUGUCUCUACUGGAACCUGUAAAGCUCCACAACGCACACAACUUGGCCGAAUGGUGUACUUGGCGGUUGUGCGGAGCUUAUGACCGAGUGUGCCGCGCGCGACAUUUAAGCCAAGCCUCGCGCGACUACUUGGCCGAUAACCGCUGGCCUCCUGUGUGGUACGUGAAAGAAUACGACUACUACCAGAAGUGCGUGAACGAGCAAACCAAGGAACAGAAGGAGCUUCGCCCCACCACCUCGGUCCAGGCCGCGCAGCAGACUGGCUGCCUGUGUUUCACCAGUAAAGUUCGCCGCUCCAGCGAAGCGGCCCCGGACGUGUCUACCGCGCUGUGUCGCACCGACGAGGGGUCUCUCCGAUUCGCGGUGCUCCUACCAGUAUCAAUGUGUUUCAUGAGCACUAUCCUGACCAUCCUGAUACUUUUCCACAUCUACACUUAAUGGUUAGAACAUUGCACUCUAUUGACUGCUACGUAGGGUCCAUAUUACAUUGUCUCUGCACGUCACUUCACAGAUUAGCCACUUUUUCGAAAGUUAGGUCUUGUUAUGAAUUAAUAGGCCGAUCCCAAUAUUGUGUUUCUUAUGCGAUUACAAUUUCGAAAAAAUCUUUUUCAAAUCGCUGAGUAUGUGAGAUUGUGAGCACCUGUUCAUUUAAUUCAAUCAAGAAUAUGCCAGUCUAAUCACAGAAUCAAUUAUU